AUGGCAGAAAAUGAAUGGUUCCCACCAGAAUGGCAGGAUGAUCAAAGAAUGUCGGUUUUAUUUGCAGCAUUUCGAGAUAAAUCAUUAAACCCACUUUCUUGGAAUCAGAAAAUGAAUUUUUGGAUGACAGUUAUCUCUGAAAAAUGUAAACAAAAAGGAACAUGUUCAUUGAAUUUAGACAAUUUAGCAUCCAUAUUUGAAAGGAAAGGGAAGUUCCCCAAAUGUUUGGAUUUGGUGGUUGAAGAAAUGAUCAGGAUAAAGAAGUUGAAACAUCUCUCUGAUAUUGAAGCUAGUAGUAGUACUAAAGGCUGGUUGUCAUGGAGUUUAAGUGUUGUUAAAAAACCUAUAUCAUGGAGUUUUAGUCGAUUACUUGGUAGUACUAAUACUAAUACAGAAAAACUAGUUUAUCUACCAGAUUUACUUCAGGAGAAAUGUAAUGAGUUAUUGAGACAACAUUACAGAUGUAUAGAACAUGAUAUCAGUGAUCAUAUUUUAGAACUAGAAGAGUUGAAGUCUAAAUACCAACCAUUAUUUCCUACUGAUAUAGACUUUGACAUAGUCCUACAACAGUUACAGACAGAUAGAAAAAUAUUGCUACAACAGAUAAAUGACAAGGAAACAUUGGUAAAGUUUUGUAAAGAUGGUGAAAAGGAAGUAAAAGCAAUUGAAGAUAUUGAGCUAAGUUUAUAUAAUAUAAAAAAAGUUGAAAGAGAUUUAGAAAAACAGAUAGAAAGUUUAUCAAUCAAGUGUGAUAGUCAUACACAAGAUGCUAAAGCUUAUGUUAGAGAAAGAAAAAAGAAAAUGGUGUUGAAAGCGUAUCAAGCUGGUGUAUCUGCUCUUAAAACAACCAGUAAAACAGUUAAUAUUGAUAAAGUUGAAAAUGCUAUGGAUGAUUUACAGGAGGUACUAGAAGAUCAAGAUGAAAUCAAUAGAACAUUAUCAGCAGGGGAAAUAACUCUAGAUGAUACAAGUGUAGCAGAAUUGGAAUCGGAGCUAGAUGCUAUGUUAGAUGAGGAUCAACAGCAAACAGACUUAGAUGAUUUAGCAGAUUUGAUGAACAAUCUUCAGACAAAAGAUGCAGAAUAUCCGAAUGUACCGAAAACAUCACCUACCAAGAGUAUGAAGGGAGAUAACUCCAAUAUUGCUCUGGAAAAAGCUUAUGAAUAA